GGCGGGGAGAUGGAUAAACUGACCAUCAUCUCAGGAUGUCUCUUUCUGGCCGCCGAUAUCUUCGCCAUCGCCAGCAUCGCCAACCCGGACUGGAUCAACACCGGGGAGUCCGCGGGAGCACUCACUGUGGGCCUCGUGCGACAGUGUCAAACAAUCCAUGGACGAGACCGGACAUGCAUCCCACCUCGGCUUCCCCCAGAGUGGGUCACCACACUGUUUUUUAUCAUCAUGGGAAUCAUUUCAUUGACUGUCACUUGUGGUUUGUUGGUGGCUUCCCACUGGCGAAGAGAAGCCACAAAAUAUGCUCGAUGGAUAGCAUUCACUGGAAUGAUCCUUUUCUGUAUGGCUGCCCUAAUAUUUCCAAUAGGAUUUUACAUCAAUGAAGUCGGAGGUCAACCUUAUAAAUUACCCAACAACACAGUAGUUGGGUCAUCAUAUGUACUUUUUGUCUUAUCAAUUUUCUUUACAAUAGUAGGACUUCUAUUUGCCGGCAAAGUUUGUUUACCAGGCUGAUGAAUGUCUAAAUUGCUUGACUCUUUUAUUAUUUUUAAUUUUAUUUUAUUUUUUUAUUUUUGGAGGGUGGGGAGGACAAAGGCAAGGCAUCUGAGUAGUCCUCACAUAGGAAGAUGCUUAGAUGAAACUGAUGCUGAAAAGAAAAAAAAAAAUGCUUUGAUUUGUUCUCACUAUGCACUUUGGAUUUAAAAACAAAAAAUAAGGAGAGCCUUUUCCAUAACCAAAUACAGACAAUAUUGACUAAAUCUCCUGAGCAUAUUCAGGCAGUCAGGUCUGCACUGUGAUAGCAACCUAGUGAAGGAGAAUGCUUUGUACUGAAAAGCAUGUGGCCCUUUGUACUCUGUUGUUCCAUUUUUAACGUCUAAUGAUUCAUUUGAGGGAGGAAAAGAAAAAAGUCUAAGUAUUUAUGAAUCAUGGCGGACCAGAGGGAUGCAAAAGAUGUUCAUGUGGGGCUGGCCUCACCUCCUAAGAAAUUAGUGUUCACAGCUUCCUUGUAAUGGUAUGAGUCUUUGGCACCAAAAUGGAUUGCCAUUGCAUCACUGCACCAAGAAGCCAAUAGAUCAAAACUUGUUUGCUAAAAUGUAUGUAAAAAUUCUGAAAUUCCCUAUUCUCUGUGUACAAAAAAAAAAAAAAAUUAAACACUAAGAAACAUGUUGGGGGUGGGUGGCUGGGGGAAAUGUUCCUUAUAUUUAUAUAAAUAUAUAUAUAAUAUAUAUAUUUUGCUGAUGCAGUAUACAGUGUGUAUAUAUGUGUGUGUGUGUAUGUGUGUGUGUAAAUUUAUAUACACACACAUGCAAACAGUUCCUGGAAGAGAACUCUGAAUGCUUUGCUAGCAAAACACUGUGGUGUGCAAACCUAGAACUCAAUAGAAAAAAAGCCAUUUAUCUGAAGGCUGCAUAGUGGAGAGAGUCUUCAGUUUACCUCAUUCUUUGUAGCAGCCCUUGAUUUUAACUGGUUUUUGUAAUAGGUACAAAUAAUCCCAUACCUUUCUAGGUGCAAUUUUAAGUUAAGCUAAAAUUCUUUGUAGGGUUAAUUUAUUUGUACAUGAUAAUAGAAGGUAAGAUCAUGUCAAAUCUUAUAAUUUGGGGAAUCUGACACUAUUUAAAUUAUUGGCAACUGUUGUCUGUUGUACACAGGUUCUCUUUUUCAACUGGCUUGGUCUGUUACAUCAAUAAUGCAUUUUAUAUGUUCAAGCACACAACUUUACAUAAGUUCAAAAUCUACUAGUAAGAUCAAUUUAUAAUAUUUUGGCUAUUUAUAACACUAACUUUACUCUGCCAUAAAAAUUAGUAUUCUUUUCAUCUGUAAGCAUUAUUAAUAAUCUUUACCAAAAACAUGAGCAAUACAAUAUUUUCUUUAAAUGCUUUAUGCCUUGUUUGCUAAAAGCUAACAUUUUUGCAUUUAGUUUAAAGAGCUGUACUAACCCCACAGCUUUGUAUUUCUUCCUGAAAGCAGCGUUGCAGCUAACCUUUGAGCCCACAGAUCAUUUUAAAAUACAGUAUUUCUCUUCUCCACAUUUCCAUGCCUUCAUGCCUAGUUGUUUUUCCAGGCAAACACGAUAGAUAAUCUCCUGUUUGAAAUGUGGGGCAGGAGAGUCUUUCAUGGCAAUGGCAACCCAAGUGUCCCUCUCAGUAGAGUGUAGGUCCCUUGUUUCACACAAAUGGAAAUGAAUGCACUGGUUUUUUUGUUUGUUUGUUUGUUUUUUAAUGAUUACUUCAGAGAUGGGGCUGCCUCCUCAGUUAUUCAAGGUAUGAAUUGGAGGAGCCUGAUGUGUUUCACACUGGCUUGUUUGACAUUCAUAUUUCUUACUGUUAAUUCAGCAGUAUUUGAUUGUGGAAGAAAACCCCAGUGUUUCAACUCACUCAGGAGUUGGGGUAAGAAGUGGACCACCACUGUGGUGUGUUCCUUGAGUGUACUGGGAGAAUGUCACACAUUCCCUUCCCAAGUUCAAAGAAAUCUCUAGGAAAUGCCUGAGGGAGACUAAUUUUCCCCAAGUAUUUUGAUGUCUAGUCCAUUCUAAGAAUACCACUGGACAUGUGCUGUGGACAUUUGGGCUUGCAGUUCUCAUUGUGACUUGAUUGGACCUCAGUCAAGUGGAUCACUUUGAAGGAAAGCUUUGGUUGUCACCAUUAUACCACUGAAGUAAAGUGUUAUUAAUAAGCAAAGUAUGGUUCAAGUUAAUUUAUGAUAAUGACCAAGAGCUUUUCUCUUCCAAAAGGUGAAUUUUACUGUAAAUAGUUUCUCAAAGUAUUUCUAACUGGAUCAAGAGCAUGGGGAGAGAAAGUUUCUCAGCUGCUAAGAAUUUCCCCACUGUUUACUUCUUUCACUUACAGUGGUAUAGCAUAUAAGAUUUCAGAAUUUAAGGUUUUAUUUGUAUCUAUUACACAAACCAUAAACUUGUCUUUAAUUUCAUCACUGUCUUGGAGGUCCAGUGCACAAAGGACUGAUGGGGGAAACUCCCUCUAACCAGUCCGCACUCUAACCCAGGAUGAAAACCAUCCCAUCAAGUAGUAUGUGAAGUCACAUCUUUGUACUCUUCCAGACCAAACAUUGAAAUGGACUCAUUCAUAUAAAAUUCUAUAAAUCCUGUAAGUGAAAAGAUAGACAAUUGUCAGCAGUUGCUUUUAAAAAGGUCACUAUAAUAAGUACUAUAUAGUACAGUAUUAAUUUAUAGCAGGAAAUCAUAUCUUGUAAACUGUAUAUAAAACACUGUUUAAUGGUGCAAUCAUUUGUCAAACUUUUGUCUGUUACAUUGUUUUUAGAGUGUGUGCAUUCUUCUCAUACCUAAGAACAUCACUGUAAAAUCUGCUGAAAAAUAUUUAUAGGUUUUAUUUGCACAAGACUUAAUUAGUUUGAAAUUUUUGGAAGCUCCUAUUGAACAUGCCUAAACGUCUGUAAACAUGAAAAAUAUUCAGUUCAUUAAAAGCAAACAUUUCAGUAUGAUUCUUUCCAAAGGUAAUCCAUGUUCUAUGUUGUUAAUGUGUGUAUGUAAUUUUUCUGACUCUUCUAUUUCUUAUAAACCUAUUUUCUGUUUCAUUUGUUUUGCUUUUGAAGGAUGGCUCUUUUUUUUUUUUUCUUUUUAAUGUUCUAGAUGACCAAAACACUUCAUUGAUUUUUACUCUUUUGCCUAAAUCUUUGAUAUCCCUUUUGAUGUUCUGUGAAUUCACUUAAUCUCUUAAGUAAAAUAGUGAACAGUCCUGGUGACAUACAAUCUAUUGAUUUUGAGGAAAGACCCUGAAAAGGUAUUGGAAACUAACUUUGAAUAUACUACUCUUAGCUAUUAUUUUGCAUCGUGGGCUUCAUGGGAAGAACAUGUUGCAUUUAUUUUGUCUUUAUUAAAAGACUACUAGCCACAAGUUACUCCGAUUAUAGUAGCUGUUUUAUCAACCCACUUUGAUCUUCUUUUAAAAUAUUAAAUUUGCAUUCACAAUUCAAAAUAGUAAGCUGUCUUUCAGAACUAAUUUUUGAAGGAUAAAAGCAUAUGAAGGAAAAAAUGGCCUGUGUAGGUUGGAUUCCCUACACAGGACGUAUUAGUUAUUUCACCUCCAGAGAUUUUAAAGUUUGUGAUCAAGGCUGUAUAUUACCCCAAACUUUAUUAAGGAUUGUUUUCUAAUUGGUUAUAGCAUUUUUCAAUUAAUAGUUUAAAAACAAAUUGUUAAUACAAACUGUAUAAAAUGAACAUAAUUUUUCUUCACUUGUAUUUUUGUUAUUGAGCAAGUUUAUCAAAAUAAAUUGUCUACUAAAGAAACUAAAAAGGCUUCUAUUACUUUGAAACAAGCUUUGAAUUUAAAAUUUUAUUUUAGAAAUAAAUUUCUUAUAGAGGUUUCACAUACUCACACAGUGACACUUCCAUGCCUCGUGGUUUGAUUCUGUUGUUAGCAUUGUGCCAGGGAAAGGUCUCCCCUCUCCCACUCUCCUACCUACCCCCUAGGGAAGAGAUGCUAUUAAUAGUCCACAACAAGGGGUAGUGUGUGUUUACCAAUAAGAAGAGGCACUCAGCAAUGAAAGACCAUCCAUGUGGCACCCUCUUCUAUAUCAUAUUUCCAUGGAUUUGAAGAGAGGUACUGAGCCAAGUCUCUCUCAUCUUUUCUUUUUUCCUUGCACAUAGACCCAAACCCUUUCAUCUUUGCCUCAGUCUUCUGUUUCAACUUUAUUUCAGGCCAAAGACUCUUAGCUUGUAAGAUUUUUAAAUUGGGCUUGAAGGAGCGUUGUAGAGCACUUUGGUUUCCAGACUCAUUCACAUGCUGCAUCCCAGCUUUACUGUGCCUCUGUUUAGGAGUAUUGGGAGUAGCCUAGCCUAAUAAUAGCUAGUAAUCAAAUAAAACACUAGGUUUACCAUUCACUGCUAUUUCUUUAUAUGGCCUCUGCAGGAGCCUCAUGGGGAACUGGGAGUUUAAGACAAGGUAGGAUUUGGAUGUUCUUGGCUUCUGAACCUUAACGGCAUCUUCUUAGGAUGACCAACCAUCCCGGUUUUUUUGAGACAGGGCUUUUCUGGGACAUGAGAUGUUCAGUGCUGUAACUGAGAAAGUUCCAGGCAAAAAGAAAUUAAUUGGUCACCCUACUUUUGCACCAUUCACAUCUUACCACAAUUUAUAACACAGAUUUGAGGUAUUUGAAGGGUUAUUUUCUAUAAAUAUCAAUGAAUAGGUCAACUGGAAACUGUAGUGGUUGACUAAAUAUUGAACUUCUGAGAAGCGGGGAAAAACGCCUUUUUCUUCUCUUUAUAGGAAAAGGCAACAGACUGUCUUUUAAGAACAAUAAUAUGAGUUAAAAAAAUACUUUUGAGUUAGUCUUCCAUCAACUCUCUUCUAACCACUGUAUGAGAUUAUAGGAAAAACACCAAGACUAGAGGACUGUGGGUUCCUUUUAUGCAAAGUCAACUCUUCUGGGUCACAGUUACCCAGCAACAAAAUAAAAGUAGUUAUUUAUAAGUUGUAUUAAAGAUAGAAAGCAUAAUGUAUUUUUUAGAAUUUUGGUUCUUUUCCCAGCAAGAAAAAAACACUGGGAUAUUUUCAAGCACAUUCAAGGUUUCUACAAAUAAGCCCCAGUUCUAAAGACGUAAGACCACCCAAGAUUAAAUUUCAAGAAGAAAUUCUUCAGGAGACUCAUAAAGUUUCAGAGCUGGAUGAAAUCUAAAAGCAUGUUCAGUGUUUCCAUUUUCCAGAUGAAGAAGUCAAGGAUUCAAAGGCUUCUUGACUUUCCUAAAGUCACAUAACUAGGUCUCAGCAGGACACUCAGUACUGAAGAAAAGAAUGUGUUUGACAAGUAGACCUUGGGCAGUUGUUGACCUAGGACAGUUUUCCACAUUCUAUAGCCACUUGAAUUAGUGUUUCUUCAACUAAUCUCCAUCUACGUCAGUUCGCCCAAGUCAUUUCUGCCAAAAUAAUCUUUUUUUUUUUUUUUGCCAAAAUAAUCUUAACACAGAAGAACACUUUUCAUUUCUUCACUUGAGUUCCUGUUAUGCCCACAGUUACAGAAUGAAAUCCAAGCUUCUUUAGCAUAAUAUUGAAAACCCUUAAUGAGCUGAUUUCAGGCUAUCUCUUCAGUUUGAUUUCCCAUCAUUCUCUCUUCAUUUUUUACUGACAAACCAACUUCUCCAUUCUUUUACUACACCUUGCUCUCUGUCUUAGCUGUGCCUGUAUGACCUCCCCCUUGCAGUUUCUUUAAUCCCUCUUGUAUUUUAAAUAAUCUAAUUUUUUGUGCUGUGUUUCUCUUUUGCUUGUACCUCUGUAACAGAACUAACUAGAGGAGAAUCAACUGCCUGGAUUCAAGUCUCAGUUCCACAAUAAAUCACGUAAUAAAUCACUUAACCUCUGUGCACUUUGGUUUUCUUAUCUGUAGCCCGGGUCUGAUAGUACCUACCUCAUAGGGUAUUGUUGGUUUAAAUGAGGUAAAGCAUGAAAAGUUCCUGGUACAUAGUAAACCUUCAAGUGUUAGUUGCUGCUGUCAUUAAACACUUCUCUCUAAUUUGAUCAAACUUCUGAAUUCAAGGAAUGUGGCUUUCUCAUAGUUCAGAGCCCUGACACAGUGCUUUACACAUGAAUUAUCAUGGUUAAAUUUGGGGCUAGGUUAUAAAGCAGAACUAUGAAACUAUUUCCUGGAGAUGUGAAAGGCUCACUCACCUAUCUGCCAGGAUUGUUUCAGUGAAAUUUUUCCUGAAAGCAGAGACAUGCAUAGAUCAGCAACCUUUAUGGGUGAGUGUGGUUAUUUUAUUGGUAAGUAUUGGACUGUGUAACGUGCCAGUCUUGCUGACCCCCUUAGGAUUUCUCUGGACUCAAGACCCUUUACUACUAAGUUCACAGUGCUCUAAUAUUGAUACUCAUACAGAGGACCACGAUGAUAACAAGCACCUUGUUGAUCCUGAAGAGAACUCUGGAGGCUUCUUCAAGCUUGUGGGUUCUUCAUUCUCUUGAAGCCUUCCAUACAUGUGGUAUGUUUUGCCGAGACCUGGUCUGCCGAGAUGGUUUUAAUUGUUUCUGCUAAAAGGAAUGGACUCAAGGAUUUGAUCUCAUUUUAGAGGAGAUUAUCCCCAACUGACCAUCUUAUGGCACUUCAGUAGCUAUUGCCAAUGUGUUUGGUCACCGUUAAAUCAAUAUUUAUUUCUGUUGGGGCAAGUCAAUAAAAUUAAUGCUGUGUCCUGACUCUGGCACUCUUUUCAUGUUGUUUAAAUACUUAAUUUAGUUGUGUAAGACAAUUCAAGUAUUUUCUUAAAUAAAAAACUUAAAACCUUUUUCUUUCA